AUGCGGCCCCUCACCAUGCCCCUGGUGGCGCCCGGUCCUGAGGGGGGCCUGGAGGGCAUCCGGCCGGCGACGGACUGCCGGGGCCUGCGCAAGCGGUCGGCGCGGAUCCAGGUGCUGGCGGAGAAGCGGCAGGAGGCGGAGAGGAGGCGGGAGGCGGAGGAGGUGGCCGACCGGCGUGCGCGGGAGGAGCGGGCGCGGGCCAAGGAGCGGCGCAGGAGAGAGAGGGAGCGCGGCAGGGGGGAGGGGGAUGGGCUGGGGAGGCCCAGGGAGGAGGGAGGGGCCGGGGAGAGGCGCGGGAGGGCGGCCCGACCGGGCUGGUGCCCCCUGGGGUGCGCCGUGCCCAGGCGGUAUCGCGUCCAGAGGGGCGCGCCCAACAGGAACCUGGCCAAGCUGCUUGAGGCCGCGGGGCUGGCGCCGCCCAGGAGGGGCCCCGGGCGGCCCAGGAAGAUCAGGGAGCUGCUCAGGCUGGAGGUGAGCGGGGAGGGGGGCUCGGGCGGGGUUCGACUCGAUGCCGCCUCGAUUGGCGCGUGCGAUUUGGCAUUCGAUGCGGACGAUUGUGUGCAUUUUGGGAGGAUUGAUGUGGCCCCGUGGCGGCCGCCGGGGAUGCGCACCGUGUUUGUGGCCGAGCGCGGGGGAGCGGGGUUGCGAUAUCCGAACUCCGUCUGGCGAAUGGCCCCGUGGCAGGGCUGCCGCAGUUGGCGCUCCAAGACUGUGCGCCUCCGUUCGCAUGGAGCCGUCGUGCGAGCUACCUUGCCGACAGCCGCCGCCGCGAGGACUGGAAAGUCGCAUGAUUGCGUGAUGGCUGUGCUGCACCUGACCUUCUGCUGUGCUCUUUACCUGCAGCAGCAGCGCCAGCUGGCCGCCCGCUCUGCGCAGGUGCAGGCGGCAAGCGUGGCGCAGAGCCGCCAGAGGAGGCAGAUCGUGAAGGAGCUGUAUGUGAAGAGGCAAAAACAGCUCAUCCGACAACAACAGCUGCAACAGAUGCAGAGGAUGCAGCUGCAGCAGAGGCAACAACAACAGCAACAGCAACAGCAGCUGCAACAGCAGCUGCAGCAGCAGCAGCAGGCAAGGGCAGCAAUGGCGGCGACUGCUGUUUCACAAGCCAACAGUCUUGGGGGCAUGCCCUCGGGUGCAGUUACUUCCCUUGCCAGCGCAGAUCUGCCUGGCCGUGGCCAGCCUGCUUCGCUUGGGGCUGCUGGGAAUGGCUUGCUGCCUGGAGCAAGCAGGCCAGUCAUGCCCCAGCAGAAGUCUACAUUAGUGGGGCCUGGCCUCCUGGCAAACAACCUCCGCGCAGCCUCCCCUGUGGGCAGCAUGCUCCCUGUGCAGACGCUGUCGGGCCAAGCAAACAACGCUGGACUGCUGGGCUACUCUAACAGUGGGGUGCAGAUCGCGGGGCAGGUGUCCGCCGGCCUUGGCCAGGUUCACGCCACCCUGCCAGGCCAGUUGACCUCCACCCAGUCGUCCAUGGACAGCCUCGUGUCUGUCCGCACCGUCAACCCAGAGGCUGUGAGGAGCUCCUCGCUGGCAGCGGCGCAGGGCCUUGUACCCGUGGAGAUGAUGAGCAGCCCCAACAACAGCACGGGAAAUUCGGUGCCAGCGUCGGGCCCAGGUGCUUCGCCAUUUGCCAGCCUGCCAAGCGAGGCUACCAAAAUGGACAACCCCACUAUGUUUGGCGUCAGGAACCCAGUGCGCAUGCUGCACGCCACCAAGAGUGGGCAGCUGCCAGGCCAGCCAAUGUCGACGAUGAUACCAGUGAACGCAGUGCCCAGCCGGGGGAGCAUCAAAUCAGUGGAUUCAGCUGGGAUGGUCAGCCCUACCAGUGUGCAGGUUGUGGCUGGACAGCAAGCUUUGGCCUUGCAGCAGGCUUUGUCCGGGCAGCAGGCUUUGUCCGGGCAGCAGGCUUUGUCCGGGCAGCAGGCGUUGGCCGGGCAGCAGGCGUUGGCUGGGCAGCAGACUUUGACGGGGGGGCAGCAGGCUUUGGCUGGGCAGCAGCAGGCUCUGGCUAGACAGCAGCCCUUGGCAAGGCAGCAGAGCCUAGGGAGGCAGCAGAGCCUGGGGAGGCAGCAAAGCCUGGGGAGGCAGCAAAGCCUGGGGAGGCAGCAGAGCUUAGGUGGACAGGGGGCUUUGAGCGGACAGCCAGACUUCCCGCUGGAGACAACAGCAACGCCUGGGCUGUUUUCAGCCGGGUUUGGCAGCCAGAUCGUUGACCCGGGGAGCGACCUGCUGGCCGGUAUUCCAGGAUCGCUGGGCACGUCUCUUUUGGACGAUCCUUUCUCCUCGUGA